CGCUCACUUUGUUCCAUCGGAGCUGAGUCUGAGCGACGGUUGGUCUUGUGCGCAAGACACCUAACGGCAAGUUUUCUUUUCGAGACUUUAACGGAAAAAAACAAACAAAAAAACAAAGAAAAAAAAACUACCGCCGGUCGAGACUGAACUGGAGGCUGGAAGAGGGGGGUGUCUUUCUUUCUUUGUUUGCUCUCCACGCUUACGACACAGGUUGUAUUGACUGACUGGACUCUGACUUGGCUGCGAGAAGUAACUUCACCCAGCUAGCUAGCGAGUGAGGUUAGCUAGCUAGCUAACUAGCUCGGAACACAACGGCUGGCUGCUCAGUUACAGAAGCAGCAGCAGCGGCGGCGGCGGCAACUUAAACGGAAGACCCGUCCCUUCCCCAUGGAGAGGCAAGGCAGCUCGGAAGGCAAAGCACAAUGCACGGAGCAAGCCCUUCUGUCCGUAGGAGCCUGACAGAUAUGUGCACCGGGAGAUGAUAUGGCAGAAAUACGUGCGAAUGUUACAACGAGGCAAUAGGCCAGGCAGGAAAUUGGAGUAAAGCUGAAACAUAAGGCUUUGCUACCCAGCAGCUUGCCAGCUUGUGUGUGUGUCUCUGGGUGUGUGUGUGUGUGUGCUCGAAGUGCCUAUGGCGGAGUUAGGGGAGAACGGCAGCCUGCCUCCAUUGAAUUUUGGGGAUACGGCCGUGCCCAGCGACGAAGCAGCUGGCAAGACGCAUUGCGAAGUGUCGGUCUUGAAUGGAGACUGUGGGAUUUCAGAAAACAUGGUCGGCACAGGAUCCCUCGUCGCACCUGGCAGCCAAGCCGGGGUGGAAACCGCCAACACCUCUGUCGGAUUGGAUGCCAAAUCUGAAAUACCGCGCAGGAGCAGCAUUAUCAAGGAUGGCUCAAGACAGCGUAAAGAAAGAAAGAAGACCGUGUCAUUCAGCAGCAUGCCCACUGAGAAGAAAAUUAGCAGUGCAAGUGACUGUAUCAAUGCAAUGGUGGAUGGCUCUGAGCUGAAGAAAGUGCGAUCCAAUUCGCGCAUUUACCACCGCUACUUUCUCCUUGAUGCCGACAUGCAGUCUUUGAGAUGGGAGCCCUCAAAGAAGGAAUCAGAAAAGGCCAAAAUUGAUGUAAAAUCCAUCAAGGAGGUUCGGACAGGAAAAAAUACAGACACUUUUAGAACUAAUGGAACCUAUGAUCAGAUAUCAGAGGACUGUGCUUUCUCUAUCAUCUUUGGGGAGAACUAUGAGUCCCUGGACUUGGUGGCAAACACCGCAGAUGUAGCCAACAUAUGGAUUACAGGGCUAAGGUACCUGAUCUCCUAUGGAAAACAUACCUUGAACAUGAUAGAGAGCAGUCAGAACAACAUGCGUUCAUCUUGGCUCGGUGAACUAUUUGAUGAGGCAGAUGGGAACAACAGCAAACAAAUAACAAUAUGUGCUGCCGUGCAGCUUGUCAAAAAGUUGAGCCCGGGACUUAAAAAUGUGAAAAUAGAACUUAAGUUCAAGGAGCUUCACAAAGCUAAGGACAAAGCAGGUUCUGAUGUCACAAAAGAGGAGUUCAUUGAGGUCUUUCACGAUCUUUGCACCAGACCAGAAAUUUAUUUUCUCUUUGUUCAGUUCUCCAGUAACAAAGAAUUUCUGGAUACCAAGGACUUAAUGAUAUUUCUGGAGGCAGAGCAGGGAAUGGCACAAGUCAGUGAAGACACCAGUUUAGAGGUCAUUCAAAAAUAUGAACCAUCUAAAGAGGGCCAGUUCAAGGGUUGGCUUUCGCUUGAUGGGUUCACCAACUAUCUUAUGUCUCCAGAGUGCCAUAUAUUUGACCCUGAACAAAAAACAGUAUGCCAAGAUAUGAACCAGCCCUUGUCUCACUAUUACAUCAAUGCCUCCCACAACACAUACCUGAUAGAAGAUCAGUUUAGAGGUCCAUCUGAUGUGACAGGGUAUAUCCGUGCCCUAAAGAUGGGCUGCCGCAGUGUAGAGCUGGAUGUGUGGGAUGGGCCUGAUAACGAACCUGUUAUUUACACUGGUCACACAAUGACAUCACAGAUUGUUUUUCGCAGCGUCAUUGACGUCAUCAACAAGUAUGCUUUUGUUGCAUCUGAGUUUCCACUUAUCUUGUGUUUAGAAAACCAUUGCUCCCUAAAGCAGCAGAGAGUCAUGUUUCAGCACCUAAAGAAGAUCCUUGGAGACAAGAUCCAGCUUGAUCCUCCAAAACCUGAGGACUGCUACCUCCCCUCUCCCUUUGAACUGAAGGGAAAGAUCCUGCUGAAGGGUAAGAAACUGAGCACGAACUGCACUGGUUCUGAAGGUGAGGUCACAGAUGAAGACGAGGGGGCAGAGAUGUCUCAAAGGAUGAGCAUAGAGUCUGCUGAACAACAGACAAUAGCAGCCAAGAAAUUCCAGCUGUCGAAGGACCUCUCUGAUCUGGUGACCUUGUGUAAGUCUGUUGAGUUCAAAGAUUUCCCAACAUCUUUCCAGAGCCAGAAGCAAUGGGAGCUUUGCUCUUUCAAUGAAGUGUUUGCAAGUCGCUGUGCCAGUGACUUCCCAGGUGACUUUGUCAACUACAACAAGAAGUUCCUAGCGCGGGUUUACCCUAGCCCCAUGCGGAUUGAUUCCAGCAACAUGAAUCCACAAGAUUUCUGGAAGUGUGGUUGCCAAAUUGUGGCAAUGAACUACCAGACUCCUGGCCUGAUGAUGGAUUUGAACAUCGGAUGGUUCCGUCAGAAUGGGAACUGCGGCUAUGUGCUACGUCCAGCAAUCAUGAGGGAGCAGGUUUCAUAUUUUAGUGCCAACACUAAAGAUUCAGUGCCUGGUGUUUCUCCACAGCUCUUACACAUCAAGAUCAUCAGUGGACAAAACUUCCCAAAACCCAAAGGCUCAGGUGCCAAAGGAGACGUAGUCGACCCCUAUGUGUAUGUGGAAAUACACGGAAUUCCUGCUGAUUGUGCUGAACAAAGGACUAAAACGGUCAACCAGAAUGGGGACAACCCUCUGUUUGAUGAGAGCUUUGAGUUUCAGAUAAAUCUCCCUGAGCUCGCAAUGGUGCGCUUUGUGGUGCUAGACGACGACUAUAUUGGUGAUGAGUUUAUCGGCCAAUAUACAAUCCCCUUUGAGUGUCUCCAGCCAGGUUUUCGCCAUGUACCGCUACAAUCUCUGACAGGAGAGGUUCUGCCACAUACCUUGUUGUUUGUUCAUGUGGCCAUAACCAAUCGAAGAGGAGGCGGCAAACCACACAAAAGGGGACUGUCUGUACGAAAGGGCAAGAGGAGUAGAGAGUAUGCCAGCAUGAGAGUGCUAUUGAUCAAGGCUGUGGAUGAUGUCUUCAAAACAGCCCAGCUCCCACUGAGGGAGGCAACAGACCUCAGAGAAAACAUGCAGAAUGCCAUUGUGUCCUUUAAAGAGCUCUGUGGCCUUUCAGCAGUGGCUAACCUGAAGCAGUGCAUCUUGGCCCUUGCCCCAAGACUGACUGGACCUGAUCACUGCCCCAUUCUGGUGUUCAACCUCACUGAGCAGUACCCUAACUUGGAGCCCCAAGGCCUGCUACCAGAGGUCCUCAAGAAAGUUGUCACCACAUAUGAAAUGGUGAUCCAGACCAGCAAGACUCUGCUAGAGACCUCUGAAGGGGUGCAUGAGAGAAUUCUUCAAACACAAAAAGCAGCGAUGGAAUUUCACGAGAACCUCCAUGACUUGGCCGUGAAGGAAGGGCUGAAGGGAAGGAAGCUGCACAAGGCGGUGGAGAGCUUCACGUGGAAUAUCACCAUACUGAAGGGUCAGGCCGACCUGCUGAAGCACGCCAGGAGUGAAGUCCAGGAGAACCUCAAGCAGAUCCACUACGCCGCGCUCACCUGUAACCUGAGUAAAGGCGGACCGACGAGCGGCUCCUCCGGCUCCGAGUCCAAGAGCAGACGCAGCCUGGAGGCCAUCCCAGAGAAGGCCACGGCGGAGGACGAGCUCACUGAUGAGGACAUCUAGACAGCCACAGUCUAGCCGUUAUGUUGCUGUCAGACCUCGACUAUGUUCCUGCCUCCUGAGCUCAAAAACCCAAAGCUCUGUGUCUGUACCCUGGCAUCACUGCUUCACACACACAUUCCUUCAUGUACAUUCCUGUCUCACAAGCACAGCUGUAACCUGUCAGACAUCUGCGUUCAGAUCAUCAAUAAAAUGCCACCACCUAUUUCAGGAAACAAAUCCUACCCAAGAUCAGAUCAGACAAGGUUUAGAGAAGUUUUAAAGAACUGCUGUUAUUAUUUAAAGUCUUAAAACGUUCAGGAGCUGCACUGAAGCUUUUUUAAAACAUUAGCAACACAUGUGAUGCUGCCUAGCCCUUUAUGUGCACACAUCAUAUAACAUCCAGCAGAAACACGACCUCUGGGGGAAAGCUGAAAGGGAUCAGAUGUAGAAACACUGACCAUCAGUAGCAGACAAAUCUCAUCCUUCCCCAGCAGAAAACUCAUGAACUCACAGUCUUAACGCAUUAGUUUGUUGCCUUCCCUUCAUUCCUCUGACCUACUCCGUCAUUUCCAGGGUGAGAUGAAGAGCCGAGUGAACUACCAGCCACGUGACCGUUUAAGACAUUUACCUACAUUUACCUACUGUUCAGAGACAGUGCACUUCUACUCAAGCAGACUGGCAGAGUGUUGCCUGAGGGGACAAACAAAGAGAAAAGAGCCCUUGGAUUGUUGUAAGAGAUUACCUAAAGCACAAAUUUUUCUUGGAGUCUUGAAUGUAACAGGACAGAGGAAGCAAGGCGGGAAUGAAAGAAGUACAGAGGAGUGGACGAAAAUGUCUUGAAUGAGAGUAAAGAGCUGUUUACAAUACUGAACUUGUCCGUGUUCUUGUCUGCCAAAAUAGUAUAAUAUACUAUGUGUAUAUAUGGAGUUUACUGUUACCUUUUUUUCUGCAGAGUGCAUCAUUUUAUUAUUGUAUACUUGGAAAUAUAAGAUUUAUUUUAUAAAAGAUAUAUGAACAUGUCUGUGGAAAAGCUAAAAGUUUUAUUUGUCUGUUGUUAUCUGAUAACGAGGGUUGUCACUAGAGAGUGACCUCGAGUUCUCCCGGCGGAGAGCUCCGACACGUUGAGACAGAAGGACUCCUAAUAGAAUGUAUUCACACUGUUUUGGGUGCAAACAACAGCAAAGUCUCAAAAAAUCACAACCAGCAACUGCAUGAGAAGGAACCACGACUGAGUGCUGACAACACGCACUCAGAGGAAUAAAAAAAAAAUCAGUUUGGAUGUUGACAUGUUUUCAUUUUUCAGUGUUUCAUUUGGGAAUUUGUCGAGGCUUUUUGAUUUUGUGGCAUGGUCCUCCCAGUUUGAGCCAAGUCAAGUUCAUGCUCCGAGUGUUCCAACGAUGUAAAAACUAAUCUCGCAGCUACAUUUACAAGUCUGCGUCGCACUAUUUCUAUUGUUCUUUCUUUGUGUUCCAGGUGUGCUGCCAACCAAUUCCACUGUUAUUUAAAAAAAAAAAAAACAACAGCCCAGUGAGAAAUCAUCUCUGGCUGGUUUUGAAACUAAUUCCCUUGUUUACUUGUAAUCAUUCGGUUCGGCUAUUUUUCUUUCGAAGAAUGAUUGAAUACGUCUCGCAGGAAAACAGCAUGAUGUGUCUGGAUUUGCAGACUGUGAAUGGGAGGUCAUGUACAAAAACAAAGAGCGUGGUUCCAUUUUAAUCGUUCGGCUUAAAGGGACAAUUCAAACCAAAAUCAAAAAUACAAGUUUCUCCUCUUGUAGUGCUUUUUAUCCACCUAGAUUGAGAUUUUAGAGAGUUCUGCCUUCUCCACGGUCAUAAUUGGAUGAUUGAUUUCUGGAAGGAGACAUCGCUUGCAUUUGGCAAUUUGAGCAACACAGGCCGAGUGUCAUCUCGCACCAAAACAACCUCCAUCAUUAAAUAACAAUACAUGUAGGAGGAUAAAUAUGUAUUUUGGAUUUUGGGGUGAACUGUUCCUUUGAGCAUUUGCUAAUGUAAAGAUGUGUUUCACUAUCCAAUAAUCAGCUUUGCUACGUUUCAUCGUGCAGCCAAUCACUGUUCAAUACAAACUGCAGAUCAUCCUCCUGCAGGGUUUUUGAGGUUUUGUCUGGGGAACCGCUGACGGCUCGACUGGUUCCCGUCUGCCAGGCAAAUCAAGCAAGUGUCGACACUUUGAUAACCCUCUGUAAGAAUUUAACUCAGGUCUGGUGAGAUGGUCGAGAAGGAUAUUAAUGUCACAGUAAUAAUAGCUUCAUGACCAUUCCUGUUGAAGUAGUGUCAUCCCUAACGACUCUGUGCCAUAUUACUGCUAAAACCUACUUGACAGAUACCUUUUCCCCACAUGCUGCUUCAAUAGUACUCUUGCUUGCGUGCUAUUCAUGUAACGGUCCAUAUUUGUGUCUUUAAUUUCCAAGCUUUCAUAAAAAAAAA